AUCUGCUUUGUCAGCACAUGCAUUCUACCUAGCUAGCUCUACCCAAUUUCUCUUUCCCACACCACAAAAUCCACUUUAUUUGGACCGCCCAGAAAAAAAAAUAACCCAAGAGGAGCAAAGAAAAUGCAUCUAGCAGCCCUCCCUAACAAGAAAAGCACAAAUCCAUACGCCCAAAUCCUUCUUCCAUGCUUCACCUCAAGACCUCACCGGCCGGCCGACCCUGCUCAAAAGAUGAACACUCACCAACAUAUAAAGGAGCACCGCAUCCACCAGCUGCAGCUCCAGUGAUCCGAUCCGAUCCCCUCUAUAUCUACUCAUCUCCGAUCCCUGGUCUCCUUCCACCUCGCAACUGCCGUUGCUGCAUCGAAUCGCUCUUAGCGCAGGUAGCACCAGCUAACUGUGCUUAUUAGCUAGGUUAUAAUAAGCAAGCAAGCGGCCGGCCGGCUCGAGAUCAGAUGAGGGCCGGGGGGUGCACGGUGCAGCAGUCGCUGACGGCGGAGGCCGCGGCGGUGGGGAAGCAGGCGGUGAGCCUGGCGCGGCGGCGCGGCAACGCGCAGGUGACGCCGCUGCACGUGGCGAGCGCGAUGCUGGCGGCGCCGGCGGGGCUGCUGCGCGCGGCGUGCCUGCGCUCGCACUCCCACCCGCUCCAGUGCAAGGCGCUGGAGCUCUGCUUCAACGUCGCGCUCAACCGGCUCCCGGCCUCCGCCGCGGUCGCCUCGUCGCCGCUGCUCGGCGGCCACGGCCACGGCGGCCACCACCACUACUACCCGCCGUCGCUGUCCAACGCGCUCGUCGCGGCGUUCAAGCGCGCGCAGGCGCACCAGCGGCGCGGCUCCGUGGAGAGCCAGCAGCAGCCCGUGCUCGCGGUCAAGAUCGAGCUCGAGCAGCUCGUCGUCUCCAUCCUCGACGACCCCAGCGUGAGCCGCGUCAUGCGCGAGGCCGGCUUCUCCAGCACCCAGGUGAAGGCCAACGUGGAGCAGGCCGUGUGCAGCAGCACCACAACCACCACCGCGGCCGCGGCCGCCCCCAGCAGCCAAAACCCUAACCCUAGCAGCAGCGCCGCCGCCAGCACAAGCCCUGCCCACGAAGCCAAAGCCGCCAAGCUCCCGCUCCACCACCAGGCGCGCGACGAGGACGUCGCGGCCAUCCUCGACUGCCUCGCCUCCCGGAGCAAGCGGAAGGUGGUCGUCGUCGCGGAGAGCGCGGCCGCGGCCGAGGCCGCGGCGGGCGCGGCCGUGAGCAGGAUCCGGCGAGGCGACGCGAGGCACGACGCGCUGCGAGGCGCGCAGGUCGUCAGCCUCCGCGUAUCGUCGUUCCGGGGCGUGCCGAGGGAGGAGGCGGAGCGGCGGCUCGGCGAGCUGCGGUGCGUCGUCGUCAAGGGCAGGAGGCAGCAGCAGCAGGUCCUGCUCAUCGUGGAGGACCUCAAGUGGGCGGCCGAGUUCUGGGCCGGCCACGUCCAGAGCGGCCGGAGAGGGUACUACUGCCCCGUCGAGCACGUCGUCACCGAGCUGCGCGCCCUGGUGGCGUGCGUCGGCGGCGGCGAGCACCUGCCCGGCGGCGGCCUCGGCUGGCUGCUCGGGUUCGGGACGUACCAGGUCUACACGAGGUGCCGGGCGGGGCAGCCGUCGCUGGAGACCCUGUGGGGGCUCCAGACGCUCACCGUCCCCGCCGGCAGCCUCGCGCUGAGCCUCACCUGCUGCGCCUUCGACGACAGUGCUCUUGGCACGGUCAAUCAGUCGAUGAAAGCGGGCUCUGACACGGAUGGGAACGGACCGGCGUCUUGCUGGCCGCUUUUGGGCGGCAGCCAGCUGAUCUCCAGAUGCUGCGCCGGCGAUUGCUCGGCCGCCGGGAUUGACACCAAAGCACCAUUGCCGCGGCCGUUCGUCUCGCCGUCGUCGACCCUCCCUUCUUGGCUCCAGCAUCGCCGUGACCAGCAGGAAGCUACGCAUCUGACGGAUCUUGGCAAGACAUGGGGCUCCAUCUGCAGCAAACCGUCGCAGCUGAUGACGCUGCACUUCUCCGCGCCGGUGUCCCCGGCAUCCUCCGUCUCCUCCUACGAGCACGGCGGCGGUGACCAGCAGCAGCCGCCUCGCUACUCGUGGCUCCUCGCCGGCGGCGGCCUCGACGCCACGCCGCACCCGUGGAAGCCCAAGCGCGAGGCCGCCAGCGGCGGCAAGGCCGGCAGGUCCCACGACUCCGGCGCCUCGACCGGCUCCGUGGAGGUGGAGUGCCGCCGCGCCAGGUUCAAGGAGCUCAGCGCCGAGAACCUGAAGCUGCUCUGCGCCGCGCUGGAGAAGGAGGUGCCCUGGCAGAAGGACGUCGUCGCCGAGGUCGCGAGCGCCGUCCUGCAGUGCCGGUCGGGGAUCGCCAAGCGCCGCGGCAGGUCGUCGAGGUCGCCGGACGCCGCCAAGGAGGAGACGUGGAUGCUCUUCCUCGGAGGCGACGCCGAGGGCAAGGAGAGGGUGGCGAGGGAGCUCGCCAGCCUCGUCUUCGGGUCACGCAACAGCGUCGUGUCCAUCAGGCCCGGCGGCGCCUCGUCGUCGCCGUCCGCCUCCGGGUCCUCCGAGGAUCACCGGAGUAAGCGGCCACGGACGCCGCCUCCCGCCGGCGAGCCGGCGGGCUACCUAGAGCGGCUAUACGAGGCUAUAUCCGAGAACCCACACCGGGUCGUGUUCAUGGAGGACGUCGAGCAGGCUGGCCGGGACUGCCAGCUCGGCAUCAAGGAGGCGAUCGAGAGAGGGGUGGUGCGGAACCAUGCCGGCGAUGAGGUCGGCGUCGGCGACGCCAUCAUCAUCCUGAGCUGCGAGAGCCUCGACGACGCCAGGUCUAGAGCUUGCUCGCCGCCGAGCAAGAAGGUGAAGGUGGAGCUAGAGGAGGCCAAGGAGGGGCGCACAGGAGACCAUGAACACAAGGAAGAUGGCGCUUCCUCGUCUUCUCCAUCUUGCAUUGAUUUGAACGUUAACGCGGAUCAGAGUGAUCAAGCGGGCGAGCAUGGUUCCGGUGAUCUCUACCUGCUCACGGCCGUCGACAGGACGCUGUUCUUCAGAAGGCAGGAGAAGCAGUGACAGUGGGAGCUUCUGAUUAGAACCUAGAUUAGCUGCUGCAGGUCCUACUUUUGCUUAUUCUUGUUUUUCUUAGUUUAUCUUUUUUUUUUAUCUGCCGAUCAUGGUAUUAGAGAAUUGGAUCGAUGGUAAUUUUGUGCUUCACUAAAGACAGAUUGGAGCUGUUGUAAAUUUUUAGGGAUGGUGAUGCUAUUUAACGGGGAGAUUCUAAUUUCCAGCUAUCCGUACCACCAA